AAGUCCUAGAUUAUUUACAAGAUGGAAAGAGAAGAAGCCAGAAACGAAAGCUUUUGGAAAGAGACCAGCGAGAUGAUGUCACGCAUUCUCUUGUGAUAUUAAUGAGUGAUGUCACAAAGCUACUGCAGUGAAACAGCGUUUUUCCCUUGGUGCUCAGAACUGGACUCUCUAGCAGAUGUCCAGGCAGACUGAGAAGAAAACCACUUGGCGUGUGGUGAAGAUGAAUUUUCUCUAGGCCCUAAUGGCAAUGCGAAAGAUGUCAGAAAGGCCUUUUCCUUCUGGCCAGCUGGUAGCCAAGAGUCCCUCCGGUGAUGCUCGCCAGAACUGUGAAAUGGGCCCGACCGCCUUCUGGAUCUUUUAGCGCUUCCCCGGAGGAGGUGACCGGAGAGAUCUGCUUUUGGCAAACGGAGCGUCAAAAGGCUACUUGCCUACCUCUUGGAAGGACUGCCUCUUCCAGAGGGAGCUUACGGGAGGUCAACGGCUGCAAGCUGAGGCAGGGGAAGACGACGUCAGCACACCGUCCGCACCAGCCCGAGUCGGGCCGGCGAUCGAAUGCUGCCACCUUGCAUUCUUUCAUCUCCGUCUCCGUGCAGCCCCGAAGGAAACAGAGUUGGCUCGUCCGCAUAGAGCAGUUUCCACCGGCUAAGCAGCAUGGAAAGUCCGUCAAACCCCAUCUGGCGUUUUCAGCAGAGCAAGGUUCCCUCAAGGAAGUAAGAGCUGGGCCACGUUGCCAUCCAGCUCCAGGGGGUAUCUGCCAGGCAAAACCCAUGAAGAGUCCCAGCCCAGGCCUGCCUCCUGAUGACCCUUCACUCGUUCCGCGGUCAUCCGGGACGGAGGCCCCCGGCAUCCGCCAGCACAGCGCCAGUGCGGAGCUCAACCGCAUCCUUCAGGACACCAUCAAACACAGGAUCUUGUAUCUGUCGGAGCAGCUGAAGGUGGAAAAAGCUAGCCGGGAUGAGAACACGGUGGGCUACCUCAAACUGGUUUCCAAAGCGGAUCGGCAUCAGGCGCCUCUCAUCAGGCAGGCCUUUGAGAAAGUGAACCAACGCUCCUCUGCUACCAUCGGCCAGAUAGAACGCAAACUCCAGCAGACCUACCGGCAACUCCAGGAGCUGGAGCUGGCCGUCAAGCCCAGGAGCUCGGCUCUAUACACGGAUGCUUCCUUUCCAGAAACCGAGCAGUCCGUUGAGAACGUUUUACGGUGCGAGUACCCCGAGCCUGAGGAGACGGGACCCCCGCCAGCCAACGUCACGUGCACCUCACAGGAGGAUGACUCUUCUGGUUCCCACCAGGACCAGACUUCCAAGACGGGCAGCUUGAACAGACAGGAUAACUUGACCAUCCAGAAAAUGAAUGAACAGCUGGAAGUCAUAAAAAUGUUCCAUUCUAGCUUGGAAACAGAUUUCCAGAAUCUAAAGGUAAAGUACCUGUCUGAAUUGGAACAGAUAGUGGAGUGCCUACAAGAAGAAAAAUGCAGACACAGGUUAAUAGAAGAUCAGGUGAAUGACCAUAUGCAGGUACACUUGGAUGAGAUCUUAUGCCUCAAGCAGGACCUGGCUAGCACUGAAGAGAAAAUGGUUUACCAGUCCUACGAGAAAGCAAAAGAAAUAUGGGAAGUGAUGGAAAGCUUUCAGACACGCAUUUCCAAACUAGAGGCUCUGCAGCAAACAGCGCAGCUGGAGAUGGUGGAGAAACGCAAAAACCAGGCCCAGGUGUUCCUGGACAAGUUCAUGAAUCUACUCGUCACUUUGACCAACAUCCUCCUGGUCUGCGUCACUAGCGUGUCCAGCUGCCCCUUGUCUCUGAUCAGGAGCCCUCCGCGUAUUUUAGCCAUCUUCAUGGUGAUUAGCCUGGGAGCAGUCGCCUGGCAGAAAUGGCAAGCCAGAUCAAACACUGACUGGCAUGCUUGGCUUUCCUCCAGGUGGAAAGGGUAAUGUAAGGAGUCACGGGCUCCCAAUUUGAAUGUUAAAGGACCAGGAGGAUGAAGCUCAGCAAGGGAUCGUCCCUGGUAGCCCCGUCUUUGUUUCGGUACAACAGGGAACUUCUGCGGCCCCCCCCACCGAGGUUGCCCCGUCUCUGCUCCUCUUGGUCAUUUCUUUGCCAGUGAGGUUUCCAAAUACCACCAACCCACCCGACAAAUGUCUUACCAAUCAUUCCUCCUGGCGGGGGUUUCCCUCCUACGUUAAAUGACGAUCCGCCACUCAGGGCGAGAAAGAGACCAACGUGUUGCCUGCCAGAGUGUUUGUAUAUUAAAAGGGGAGGAAGGCUGCUCCCUCGGGAUGUUCCCACCUUCAACAAGUCAGGCUGGCCUGGGCAGACACUGUGCCAACUGAAGAAAGAAGAGUCCUGUCAGGUGGGCCUUGGGGAAGACUCCCUCUUGCUGUCCCCAGAGAGGGAAGAGCCAGCUGACCUGGGACUCUCAGAAGGCCCAGACUUCUCAUCGUGGGGAUCAAUACUGAUCCUAGAAGGCAGUGGCCAUUAAGCCGGUGGGAGCGUCAUCCCUCCCUAGCCCCUGUUCUGUUUUCUUGCCUUCCCCCUCAGUCUGAGGAAGAAUCUGGAAGCAGCAGCUAGACUAGGGGGGCACAAAAGAGAUAGCAGAGAUAGCUC